AUGCCUACAGCAAAGGGACAGAGCCCAGAAAGAAAGGGGAGGCUGGGGACAAUGAGGGCAAGGAGUGAUGAAAAUAAACUGUGGGGAUUUGUGGGGAGAAACUCCAAAGGGCAGGAGGGGGAGUGGGCAGAUCUCAAAUCUACACUACUAGAAUGGUGUCUGCAGAACACUGCUGGUGAGGAGGUGCCAGGGAUACCACAUCUGCUCAAUACAGAUUGGUGGAUGGCUCACAACAGUUGGAUGAAUAGCACAUACAUCCAGGCUGCUGUUCAGCAGGUGCCAGGGAUACUGCAUCCACUCAAUAUGGAUGGGUGGAUGGCUGGCAAUAGUCUGGUUAAUGCCAGAUACAUCCAGGCUGCAGCUUGCAGGAUCUGGGUUACUCCAAUGAGGUCCAAUUCAUUCCAGAAUGGUGUCCAUGGAAAGCCACUGUUGAAUGGGCAGAAGGCUGGCAAUAGUCUGAUUAAUGCCAAAUACACAAAGGGUGCAGCUUAUGGGCAGAAGGCUGGCAAUAGUCUGAUUAAUGCCAAAUACACAAAGGGUGCAGCUUAUGGGCAGAAGGCUGGCAAUAGUCUGAUUAAUGGGACAUACAUCCUGGGUGCAGCUUGUGAGAUCUGGGUCACUCAAAUCAGCUCUGAUUCAUGCUGGAAUGAAUGGUGUCCAUGGAAAGCCACUGUUGAGAAGGUGCCAAGGAUACCUCAUCCACUCAAUGCAGAUGGGCAGAAGGCUGGCAAUAGUCUGAUUAAUGGGACAUACAUCCUUGGUGCAGCUUGUGAGGUCUGGAUCACUCAAAUCGGCUCCAAUUCAUGCCAGAAUGGUGUCCAUGGCAAGCUGUUGAGGGGGUGCUGGGGAUGCCACAUCCACUCAAUGUGGAUGGGCAGAUGGCUGGCAAUAGUCUGA